AGCCUUCAAUCAUGCAGGGCUGACAAGGUGUGAUCCAUUUCAAGGGCGCUGAGAUGUCAUUUUUUAACGUCUGUGACUCAAUCGAUUGAUGGUGUGUAGAAUCUAUCUCGAGUAUAAGUAGAAGCUGUGUCCCCGAGGUUUGAGGCAUCAGAAUAAGAUACAUCAGCAUCACUACAGUCUACCGUCUACUUACACUACACUCAAAGAAGCACUCUACACUACACACUUAUAUAUCAACACACAACAACUUCACAAUGUCGAACCCUACAUACAAGAACGCCAACGUCUCUGAGACAACUCUCGUUGACACGACAAAGCCUUCAACAAGUACCAAGCCUGGUCUUGAAACCACACCAUAUAAGCCUUCACUCAAGGAAAAGAUCCAGAGGAAGCUCGCAGGCUCAGUCGACCCUACAAAAAAGCCAGCCGACCCCUACAAGUCAUGGGAAGCUCGAUCAGCACUGCUCUAAAUGGACCGAGACAUGACACCGUGAAUUUUGGCUAGAGAUUUGGACGUAUGGGAGCACGCUAUGGUUGAAAUUGUCUUUUUUUUGUUGGCUGGAGAUAUCCCUGUAUCAGAAUGAACUGAUCUGUCGCUUUUGCCUUAUGAUCUAAUGAAACACGUUGGUGCUUAUUCCCAUUCCUUCGGUCCCAACGUCAGCCCCAACUGUAAAAGUAAGCCAUGACUGCCGCGCAAUGUCGGCAGAUGCGGGCGUAUAUAAGCUCCAGUAGCGUAAUCGGAAGUGUCGGGAUAAGCGCGCUGAUCCGAUUCUUACUUCACUGCGAGUCCGAGGCAUCCUUUCUCUUCGAGACCUCCCACUCCGCGCGGUUGACCUCGCCCCUUGUGUAGAUAUCGCUCUGAUUGGUCCAGAAGUGCACACGGCUUCCAAAAUGGUGUCGCGCAAUGGAGGCGAUCUCCUUUAUGCUGUCUAGCGUGCCGGCGUCGAAGACGCUCGAGGUGCGCAGGCUGAGGAACAGGUCGCAGUUGUUGGGGUUGGCGGGGAUUCGCGGGUUGUUGGUGAGCACGAAGUGGAUGAAUCGCUUGUCGAGGAAGUUGGGGAAGUCGGCGUCGGUGGGGAGAACGAGGAGGCGGGAUUCUUGGUCGGUUUUGUAGACGGUGGUUAUGUCGUCGAGGAAUUCGGCGUAGCGGGUUUUGUUCUCGGGGGUAGGGGGGAGGGAGGGGAAGAUGUCGAAGCCGCAGUCGAAAGACAUGAUGAAUGUGUUUAUUGAGGCGAAGGUGUGUGUUUAUGAGGAUGAGGAUGGAAGAGAUGUUGCGAUGGAGAGUUGAGAUGGAGUUGAGGGGAGAUGGAAGUUGAUGGCGAAGUGGUUGAGCAGCAUUGCUUCGCGCUCCUGCCUGGCGCUGGCAACUGCGAAGCUGUUUGCUCCAGCAUUUAUGCACACUUUUCUCUUAGUUUCGAGGCUUAAACAAACAUCUUCUUCAUUUGAUCAAGCCCGCGACACUCUAAUCUACAAAUCUUGCUUCCAAAGAUGAACCAUAAAUUAAGC